AUGCUUCUUCGCAUCUUUGGUGUGCUUGCAUCGCUAGCAGCAUUUGUUGUCUCAUCCAAGACGAAACCAAAAAUCAUCUUAGUCUUGGUGGAUGAUCAAGAUGUGCAUAUGGAAUCUCUCAAGCACAUGGCACUGUUGAAGAAGCAGAUGGGGAACUCUGUAUACAAGUCAUUAUUGAGACUUUCACACAAUACCAAUAUGACCGACGUCAUUGCACCCUACUGGAACGCUACGUGGCAAAAGGACCAGGGCGCUCCCGUCAGUCGUGAGGGAACUUACAAUACUGAUGACCUGUCCGAUAAGACGAUCAACUACAUUCGGGAGGCGCAUGCUGCUGGCAAGCCAUUCUUCAUCGGUAGUGCCCCCAUUGCUACCCAUUCCGAAGUUGUCGUGCGUCCAGAUACAUAUAACGGGACCAUCUCUCCAACAGACCCCAGCAUUCAACCUCUUAUCCUGCCCCCGAAACCUGCUAAGCGCCACACCGACAUGGUCCGCGAUCUCAAGCUCCCCAGGACGCCCAACUUCAACCCAAAAGAGCCGAAUGGUGUCAGCUGGGUAGCACAACGCCCUCGCCUGAACCAGACUUACGUAGACUACGGCGACAAUUUCUUUCGCUUACGUCUAGAGUCUCUGCUGGCUGUUGAUGAAAUGGUCGACAGAAUUUUCAAAGAGCUCGAGUCUCUGGACAUUAUGGAUAACACCUAUAUUAUCUACACUAGCGACAAUGGCUAUCACAUCAGCCAGCAUCGCCUUCCGCCUGGAAAACAGUGUGGAUUUGAGGAAGAUAUCAAUGUUCCGCUUCUUAUUCGUGGGCCAGGAGUUCCCAAGGGUGUAGUCAGUGAUGCCAUGACAAGCCACACCGAUCUUGCACCAUCCAUCUUUCGCAUGGCGGGAGUCAAGCCACGGCAUGAGUUCGACGGUCUCGCGGUCCCACUUACUGGUGAUGAACUUGAACGAGCUUCUCAGAGGCGUGCUGAACACAUUGGUAUUGAGUUCUGGGGGCUGGCAGCUGAUGAAGGAAUCGAUAGCGUGAUCAUGAGUGAUUUGAACACGUACAAGGGAAUUCGUCUGCACAGCAAAGACUACAACCUUUAUUACGCGGUCCAUUGCACGAACGAGCAUGAGCUUUAUGACAUGACAGUCGACCCUUAUCAAAUCAACAAUCUUCUCCCUUCUGGUAAGAACGGCACUGGUAUGCCAAUUGCAUCAUACGCCGGCUCCAAUGUCAAGAUCAACAAGAAGCCGCUCCUCAGUAUUGUGAGUCGUCUGGAUGCUCUUCUCAUGGCAAUGAAGAGUUGUAAGGGUGAGACUUGCAUCAAGCCAUGGAAGGUUCUCCAUCCGGAUGGUGAUGUCAACUCAUUGAAGGAUGCAUUGAAGAACAAGUACGACAGUUCCUACCUCCAUACUGCAGAUAAGAAUUCUGCCAGCUUUAAUAUGUCCAUGUCAGGCUACGUUGUAACUGCUGAGGGUCCUCAGGAUCCCUCCAUUUAUCAAGGCUACUGA